AUGUCACUGAACCAAGAUAACAAACGAGAAAAAAUAAUACAAGAAAUUUAUGAUGUCGAAGUGUGUUAUGUUAAAUGUUUGCAAAUAGGUCUUACCCAUUAUUACAAUCACUUACUGAACGACAAACCUCAAAUAAUUAGCCAAAAACAAACAGAAGAUCUUUUUCACUGUUACGACCAAGUUUAUUCCACAACCAAACAAUUUUUAUUGGAACUCCAAUCAUCAAAUGAUGCACAUACACUCUCUCAGAACAUUGGGGAGUUAUUUGAAAGGUUUAUAAAAAAUUUCCAAGCAUACUAUCAAUAUAUCGGAAACAUUCCACUCUCAUUCCACACACUCGCUCAACUUGAGCAGUCAAAGACUAACGCAAGUUACUUAGAGCAACUUAAGAAUGCCAUACCAGACCAAAACAAAGAUGGACUUCUAUUCUAUUUGAUAUUCCCCGUUCAACACCCCGCUCGCUAUAAUCUUUUGUUACGUGAAUUACUCAAAAACACCCAACAAACCGACUUGGAUUAUCCUCAUUUGGUUGCUGCAAUUGAAGAAACCAAAAAACUUGCUGAUUAUGGAGCCAAUGCCAUCAAUGAUGCACAACGAGAUAAAGAAUUGGUUUUAGUUGAAAAACGUGUUUCUGGGUAUCCGGGAACUCUUGUAGAUCCACACAGAGUGUUACUUAAAGAAGGAAGUUUGUUGAUAGAAAGUGAACAAAAGACCAAUUAUCAAUACAUCUUACUCUUCAAUGAUAUUUUAAUUUGUGGAAAAGGCGAUGAAAAGCACGUGGAAGUGUCUCAUGUGUACGAUGUUAAAAUGAUCAUUGUAAAAGACAUAACAACGCCAGUUAAUUCGUUUGAGAUAUCAAUAGACAAUACUUCGUUCAUUUUGUCUGCCAAAACCGAAUUAAGUAAGCAAUCAUGGAUGGAAGCCAUCGAAAAAGCUGUGAAAGAGGUAAAACAUGUUAAGGAAGAAACUCAUGCCAAGUGA